AUGAGCCCAGAAUACCGACCAGACACCAAGUAUAAACCACCAUCUGACACUACGGGUCACCUCACGCCACCCAUACCACCGCCACACGUCACUCGUCCUCAUUCCGAUCCAACUCUAUCUCCAGAGGCCCACGCCCAACCUUCAGGUCAGCGCAAGGACCAACAACCCCCUCGAAUUAAGCCAGUAGUACCACCUGGCCGGCACCUCAGAGCCCAUUCCACCCCGCCCUCACCGAUCACUCCUGCGAACGAUUCGUCGUCCAACGCCGAGGCUGUCCAAUGUAGCGGAAUGACCAAGGCCGGGAAACAGUGUACGAGACAGGUCAAGGUGGACGCGUCAAUGAGGAAUAUAGGGAGCGGAGUGGAUGUGUUCUGUUUUCAGCAUGCGAAAGAGGUUUUGGCGCCUUCUGGAUUUUAUGAUCGGAAGUCUGGGCAGAACUUUAUCAAGUUUGCAGAUUGGAUUCCGGACUACUUACAGCCUGGGACGCAGGCAUCGCUCCGUGCGGAAAUGGAGAAAGCGAGAUCUCACACGGACGAGCCAGGAUAUAUAUAUACAUUUGAGAUCCUAGACCCAGAUGAAACAGAGGUUAUCCAUCUGAAAGUUGGCCGCGCCAACAAUCUCAAUCGCCGCAUGGACCAAUGGGGCAAGCAGUGCGGCUCCAAAGAACAGAUCGUCCGUGGCUGGUGGCCCGGUGGUAUCGUCCACGAUGAGGCCAGCCUUAUGAAGGGCACGAUAAAGGCUGGCGAGAAGGGUGCUUGGUGUCAUAGGCUGGAGAGAUUGGUCCAUCUGGAGUUGGCGGACUUGGCCACGAACACGCCGUACUUGCACGCUGGAUUUCCGGGCAAGGGGAAGGCCAAGGCCACUGCGAGUGGGAGUGGGAGUACGAGCGGAAAUGGCGACGGGAAGGACAAGGACAAGGGCAAGAAGGGCAAGAAGGAUAUCAACCGUUGCCCUGAUUGUGGUACGGCACACAAGGAGAUCUUCUCUUUCGUAAGGGCGAAGAAAGGUACCUACAAGGACAAGGAGUGGGAUCUCAUCGUGAAACCUGUGAUUGAGAAGUGGGGCGCUUUCGUGGAGGCGUAUCUGUGA